CUUGCAUUUUCUGGGGGGCGCAGGCGGGGCUGUGUGGCCUGGUCAAGGGGAACAAUAGCUAUAGUAGUUGGAGAAUGGCGGCAUCUGCAAUCAAAUCUGGCACUUUGGUUACUCUACAAGAGCUGAAUCCAUCUUCGCCGUUCUUCAAGCAAGGGGCCUCACUCAGAGUAACUGGAAAGCUACAAGAUUAUGACGUUGAGUCAGCCUCUGCAAUAGUUGUUGAUGAUAAUGCAUCAUUAAAGAUAGACACACAACACUUGAAUGUCAAUAUUCGCCCUGGCUCUAUCUACCAAUUUAUUGGAGAACUACAUUUUGGAUCCGGUAAUGAGGCAAUCUUGAAGGCGCGAGUAGGGAGAAAUGUGGAUGGCAUGGACCUUAGUCUCUAUCAUCAGUCACUACAACUCUUGAGAAAUUUCAUAGAUGAACAAACUAACGGUAGACAGUAGAACAAUGCAACAAGAAAGUGGUAUGAGACAAAGAAAUUGGUGGCAACUGUCAAGUAUGGAGUAUAAUUUUUCUCUAGUUGUUUCUUAAAAUGUGCUUAAAACAUUAGUUUUCAUCAAUUGUUGGUCAAUGUGCCCAGAGGCUCAUGGAUAUUGUUAAAAGUAUUCAGUGCUGGAUGAUCUGUCAAAAUUGAUAAAUAGCCUACAAGUGG